AUGGCCCCAAUCGUCGAGUUGGCUGGGGAGGCCAACCCCCUGACCCCGCAUAAUGUUCUCAAUGCACUGGUGCUUGCAGCUAGCUCAACUCAGCAACAGGUGCAAUCGGGCACCCAGCAACUCCAGAAUUGGGAGAAGCAGGAGGGUUACUAUACUUCGCUUCAGGAUGUAUUUCUGGACCAUUCUGUUCCCCCUGAAGUUCGCUACCUCUCCAUCAUCCAGUUGAAGAACGGCAUCGACAAGUAUUGGCGAAAGACUGCGACAAAUGCCAUCAAAAAGGAAGAAAAAGAACGUAUAAAGACUAGGGCCUUACAAGCGGGUGUCGUCGAGCCGGCUCCUCUUCUGGCUCUUCACAAUGCGUUGAUGAUCGCUAAGAUCAUGCGCUAUGAAUUCCCUCAGGACUGGCCGGAUGCUAUCACCUCACUCAUUGCCCUCCUCCGCUCGUCUACCCAGCCUGGCGCGAACCCGUUGCAAUUGCCCCGGACCCUUAUCAUCCUCCUACAAAUCAUCAAAGAAUUGUCAACCGCCCGUCUGCAGAGAACCCGCGCGAAUCUACAAUCUGUCUCUCCAGAAAUUUUCCAUCUGUUGGGGAGCAUAUACGUGGACAAGGUGAACAACUGGGCUAUUAACCUGGAACAAGGGGGGUUUGAUGAGGCAUCGUUGCUCGAGGUGCUCGAGCAAAGCUUGGUCUCUCUCAAGGUCAUCCGACGUCUCGUUAUUGCCGGAUAUGAACACCCCAAUCGCGAUAAGGAUGUCUGUGACUUCUGGGUCCUGACCCAUGCCCACUUCAGUAGAUUCCUGGGAUUCAUCAAUGGCCCCGCCACAAUGUCGGAGCAAAUUCAUAGGGCCGUCGAGAAACACUUGUUGCAACUUUCCAAGCUUCACGUCGAAAUGGCCAAGGAUCGCCCGGCAUCUUUCGCGUUGCUCCCGGACAGUAUACCGCUUGUCCAGUCCUACUGGACCCUAGUAGUCAAGUUGGGCGAAAACUACAGUCAAUUGGGCGGGGAUGGUGAGCCAGAGGGAAAGUCCCUGAUGGAGAAGACUGGCCUCAGGGCUCUCCUUCUGAUCAGGGCUUGCUCCAAGAUGGCCUUCAACCCGGCGCAGACAUUCAAGUACCAGACACCGCAAGACAAGGAGGAGAAGAAACAGUCCGUGGAACUCAUCAAGGCCCAGCUGUUUACCCAUGAUUUCGUCGUCAACGUCAUGGAGCUUCUCGUCACCCAGUUCUUCCGGUUCAGGAAGAACGACUUUCAGGAGUGGGAGGAAGAUCCUGAAGAGUGGGAGAGGAAGGAGGAGGAUAUUGCCGAGGCCUGGGAAUUCUCCAUCCGGUCGUGCUCCGAGAAGCUCUUCCUUGACCUCGUCAUCCAUUUCAAGGAGUUGCUCAUUCCGCGUCUUUUGACCGUCUUCUACAACUUCGCAAGCCCUGAUAACCACGACGUCCUGUUGAAGGACUCCUUGUACGCCGCCAUUGGCCUGUCUGCAGCCAGUCUGGAGCAACAUUUGGACUUCAACAAGUUCCUUGAGACGACACUUGUGCCCGAAGUCCAAAUCCAGGAGCAGGGAUACAAUGUCCUCCGGAGACGUAUAGCCAUCGUCUUGGGCCAGUGGGUCCCCGUAAAGUCCAGUGAGCUCAACAGGAACGCCAUCUACCAGAUCUUCCAGCAUCUUCUCAGCAAGCAAGAUCCGUUGAACGACCUGGUGGUCCGCAUUACCGCCGGACGGCAGCUCAAGAACGUGCUCGACCCCUUCGAGUUCUCCCCUACUGAGUUCCUGCCGUAUGCACCGGCCAUCCUGCAAGACCUAAUGUCCCUUGUCCAAGAAGUUGAGCUUUCAGAAACCAAGAUGGGACUUCUCGACACAGUUCGAAUGGCAGUUGUGAAGAUGGAAGACCACAUCGCACCCUUCUCAGACCAAAUCUUGUCCUUACUGCCCCCGCUAUGGGAGAGCUCCGGCGAGGAGCAUCUGAUGAAGCAAGCCAUCCUAACGCUGCUUUCAUCUCUGAUCCACUCCCUCAAGCAGGAAUCCGUCAGAUACCACUCCCUGAUUCUGCCUCUCAUCCAGAACUCUGUGGAACCAGGCUCUGAAACCCUCAUCUACCUCCUCGACGAAGCCCUCGACCUCUGGUCCGCCAUCCUAAUGCAAACGCCGGCUCCCGCCUCCCCCGAAAUUCUCUCGCUGAUCCCAGCCCUCUUCCCCAUCUUCGAAGCCGCGACCGACAGCGUCCCCCAGGCCCUCCAAAUCGCCGAAUCCUACAUCCUGCUCGCCCCACAAGAAAUCCUCAGCGACCGCAUCCGCUUCCCCCUCCUCGUCUCCUUCGAAACCCUCCUCAAACUCACCACCAAGCAACGCCUCGGCGUCGUCCCCCGCCUCGUCGAACUCCUCCUCCGCGGCGCCAACACCGUCGACAACGGCAGCGAAACCACCUACAGCAUCAUCACACGCUCCCUCCUCGACAGCUCCUUCCUGCCCGCCCUGCUCGAAGGCCUCCACUCCGCCCACGAAGCAAGCCAAACCACCGGCCCGAACCGCAAACAAACAUCCGUCUACGGCGUCGUCGAAACAGACUACUUCUCCGUCCUGGCGCGUCUCGCCCUCGCCUACCCCAAGAUUUUCACCUCCGCCGUCUCCGCCGCCACCAACAGUCCCGAGGAAACCGUCCUCUCCUGGCUCCUCACAGAAUGGUUCCUCCACUACGACAACAUCGGCAGCUCCACCCAGAAGAAACUCCACGCUCUGGCCCUCACUCAACUCCUUACCAUCAACGGACCGGACUCUCAGCCCCCAUCUUAUCUUCUCAAUAACCUCCAGUCCUAUCUAACCAUGUGGACCGACAUCGUCACUGAACUCGCCGAAGGCGCAGACGAUGGUAGUGGGGCUAAUACUGACGACCCCCGCGGUGGUAGUGAUUACUUGAUCUAUUGGAAUAAUGCCCAGACGGGGGCUGUUGAUGAGCAUGAGCCGCCGGAGAAUGUGCGGCGUAGGGAAUGGGAUAACGAGGAUGUGCUGCAUAAGGUCAAUAUUAGGGACUUUAUUCGGGAGAGGCUGCAUUCGUUGAUUGUUGGGUGUGGUGGUGAGCAGAGGUUCCAAGAGGAGUGGUUGCUCAAUGUUGAUCGGGAGGUGGUUGCGUCGUUUGGGGCUUUGGGGUUGUUGUAG